GAGGCGCAGGCGGCGGAGGCGGUGGCUAAAAUGGAGCCGCUGUGGUACGUGUUGGUGGCCGUGGUGCUCGCCGCCCUCAUCGCCUUCGUGAGCCGGAGCCGGGGUCCGCAGAGGCCAGCCGAGCAACAGCAGGAGCACCAUGAGGCCGUGGCGGCAGAGGUGGUGGCGAGACCCCGUGUCCCGGCUCCAGCCCCAGAGGAGGAGAGGGGAGAGGGGAUGCCCCGGCGGCGGAGAAACAUGGGGAACCGUAUCCUGGCCCAGCGGCGAGCUCAGCAAGCAGAGGAAGUGAUGGAAGCAGCCAGGGAAGAGGAGGAGGAGGAGGUGACCGAGGUGGCCGCUCCCGGGAAAAUCGGGGCCAAGAAGCAGAGGAAGCUGGAGGAGAAGCAGGCGAGGAAAUCUCAGCGGGAGGCCGAAGAGGCAGAGCGUGAGGAGCGGAAGCAGCUGGAGAUGCGGAGGGCUGAGCAGAGACAGAAGGAGGCGGAGCAGCUCCGUCUAGAGGAGGAGCGGAAGGAAGAGGAAGAGCGGAAGGCCAAGGAGGAGCGGGAGCGGCAGGAGCACGAGGAGUACCUGAAGCUCAAAGAGAGCUUUGUGGUGGAGGAGGAAGGAGAGGGCGAUGCCAUGACGGAAGAUGAGACCCGCAAUUUCCUCGCCGAAUUCGUCAGCUACAUCAAGGAGGCCAAGAUUGUCCUUCUGGAAGACCUGGCUUCCCACAUGGGGCUCCGGACUCAGGACGCCAUCAACCGGGUCCAGGACUUGCUGGCCAAUGGCACUUUGACAGGGGUGAUAGACGACCGUGGGAAAUUCAUCUAUAUCACCGCCGAGGAGCUGGCAGCCAUGGCCCAGUUCAUCCGCCAACGGGGCCGCGUGUCGAUCGCCGAGCUGGCACAGGCCAGCACCACCCUCAUCAACCUGGCCCCCGAGCCUGCUCGGCCCCCCGCUCCCCUGACACCAGCCUGAGCCCCCUCACCCCCCGACCCACCUGGAGCGGAUGGAAGGAUUAAAGCAGACAAACAGA